AGAACAGUCAUUGAGGAGCAAAGUAGAGGGUGCAGCAGUACAGAGAAAUGAAUGAAGGGACCACAUAUGCUGAGGCUGUUAAUAAAGUUACUAAAUGUGGUGAAGUAGAGGAAAUGAGGAGGAAUGAAGGGGGAGGCUCCACUCCAGUAACACGUGUAACAGAAGACUCAAUGGAGGUGGCAGUAAUGCACGAAAUAGUUCCUAGUCUGCCGGAAAUAAGAAGAAGACGAAGAUGACUUGGGGGGGAAAAAAGCAGAAGUGGAGCAAAGUAAACCACAUUAAUGGGAGUUUUCUGAACCGGAAUCAUCGUCUUCUCUCCCCGUCGGUCUUCUGUAUCAUCGAGCUCAGAAAUGAAUGGAUAAAUGGAGGAACUCAACAACAUGUGGCUCAUGUUAUUGUUCCUCCUGAACGCGAACACAGAGACAAACGCUCUCCAGGUGAUUGGAGGAAACCAGACUGUGGUGCAAGGACGUACAGUUACAUUCCCCUGCAAACUUGUUGACACCACAGAGACCCUCACCCAGAUUUCAUGGCAGAGGACGACCAGAGUUAAAACAAAUAAUUAUUUCUUGACGGUUCUGAAAACAAAUGGACCAGAGUAUGUCAAUGGACGCGAUGAUCGAAUUAAGUUUAUUGGGAACUUCAAUGAGCUUAAUGGAUCUUUUCAGAUAUCCAAUGUCUCAUUGCUGGAUGAAGGCAUCUACACUUGCAUCUUCACUUUGUUCCCCAGUGGAAGUCACAACACAUAUAUACAUCUGGAUGUGCUCGUGCCUCCUGACAUACGUGUGAAGGAUAACCUUCCUACUUUGGCUGAUAAAGAAGUUUGCAUUGCCACCUGCACGGCUGCUGGUUCCAAGCCUCCGGCAAACGUGAGGUGGCUCACAGGUAGCUUAGCAGAAAACUUGAGGGCAACAGCCAACUCCACGCAUCAUGACAAUGGUAUGACUACCACAGUCAGCUACCUGUUUGGAGUACCUACCAUUGGAAUCAACCAACAGGUGGUCCACUGUGUCGUCACCAGUCCAGCCCUGUCGAAAGAGACAGAGAUGCCCUUUACUAUACAAGUUUACUUUGCGCCUAUGGAAGUGAAAAUUGUUGAAAAUCCCAAAGAAGACUCAUUUCAAUGUGUGGCUGAUGCCAACCCCAAAGCAGAAUUUACCUGGACCAGAGUUGACCAAGCGUGGCCUCAGUCUGGUGUCAGAGUAGAGGGUGGAACGCUGCAGUUUCUGACCAGGAGCCCUCACCUGAAUGGCCUCUACCAGUGUACCGCAUUUAACCAAUAUGGAAGAAGCUUUGUUUACAUCUUUAGAUCUGUGAUUUCAGAAUCCUGCAUUGUUUGUUGGAUCUUAUUUGCUCUUCUGAUCGUCAUUGUCAUCGUAGCUGCAGCAGUGUGGCAUGUUUAUAAACAUGACAAACUACCAUGUUUAGUUUCAAGGGAAGCCGCGGCCACAGACGGGGAGAUGGUGGAGCCGAUACGUCUUUGAAUGAGGACCAUCGAGAAGCAGAAGAAACGGUAAUACAGGCAGAGAUAGAAGAAACGUGUCAUAUUUAAUUUGCUGCAAUACUAUUUGGCUCUUAAGUUUCCCUCAAAAUUUAAUUUAAAACAUUAAUUAAUAAUAAACCUUUUUCUCAUGCAGUUAUUAGGGGUA